AUGGCAAGUUGUGCGCGCGGCGAACAUGCUGCUGUGAAAUAUUCCCACUUUGAGGUUGGAGAAGUGUCCAAGGGGGACCCCGAGCCGCCGGGCAGCAAACCGCCCCGGCAGCCCAACGACCAACGCCCGCCCCCCGCCAGGGCGGCGCACACCCGUAACGGAAGCCCUACUGACACUCCCCAUGGAAGCGCAUUCAACUCGCCCUUCGAGGAUCGGCUUCAACAGCGCAAUAUUCAACUUUCAAACCUCGCGUUACCAAAUGCACCCAACAGGAGUCGUUCUUUUGAGUGGCAUGACAAAUCUGCACCUUCUCCUGGGCCUGCGCCCGUUCUCUCAUUGGAUAGGCUCCCGCCUGAAUUGCAUGACUACAUUUACGACAUCCUCGUAAGCUUUGAUGCAGAAGUUGGUAUCGCGGCUCUCCUUAGUCUCCAAGCAUGGUCUAGGCAGCUUCAUCCUCAUCUCUUCAACAGGCUCAUGCUGAAGAACGAGGAAGACUGCCAUAUGCUAUAUGAUAUACUGUGGUCCCAGUUGUUGGCCUGGCUUGCAGAGCACACCAUCGUGUUGAUGUUCACCAACACUUGCUUCACCAAUCCUCAUCUCUGGAUAACACGCAUGUGCCUCCUGCCAGCGUGCCGCUCUGUCCACAAAAUUUAUCAGCCCAGCAGUCCUCCUGCAUGCAUGGUGCACAGCGUGGCCCUGAAGAGCUUGCUGCAGAAUAUCAUAUUGUCGUGA